AUGCAACCAACGGCCUUGGUGAAGACGUCUACAGUCGGUGGAGUGGGGGCCUCUGGUGAACCCGGCAGUCCUCCUACGCUUGGUCCUUGGCACCUGAUCACCUCCCGUCCGACAAGCUCGACGCUGUCCCUUCGACGACCAAUGCCCAACAACGCCAUGGUGGCCUUGCCCAAUCUGCAAAAGGGAGGAAGGUCGUUUGCUUCAAAGGUCUCCGGAAUGCUCUUCACCCAAAAGUCCUACAAAAGUCCAACUCAAUGUGGAAGUCGCCAACUCUCCCCCCAGACUCCCUCUGUAAUUCUUCUCCCAACUUCCACAACCAAUACAGCAACCACCGCGGCCAACGAAGUAAAAAACAAGGGUUAUUCAGAGCAGCUUGAGUUCGAACCCCACUCAACGUACACCGACGGCUCCAACACCUACUACGUCAUUAAUAUUGAUCAGAGGACGGGCACAUCACCCCGCACUUGCCCCUAUGGCGGGUCGCCACAGAAACCGUCUGGUGGUGCAUUGGCUUGCGGCGCAACUGGACCAGACUCAAGCUACGUCUAG